UAUGUAACAUAUACUAUAGUGUUUCUAGUAAUAGAGUGCACCCAGAUGAGGAAUCUGAACGCGUCCUUACCGCCUCUACGUCCUAACCUUACAAAUUCUAAUUUUACACAUGCUUCACAUAGCAUAAUAAGUCGCAAAUAUUCUCGAGGAAGACUGAAGGUUUUGCGACAUAUCCACUAAAAUUAGGAAAAAAAUAGCAUAAUUGUAUACACGACUCGAGAUACUGAAAUCAUUUUAAGCAUGUCAAUCUACCACGACGAAGUGGAAAUCGAAGAUUUUGAAUACGAUGAGGAAGAAGAGAUUUAUUAUUACCCAUGUCCUUGCGGUGAUCAGUUCCAGAUAUCGAAAGCCGACCUGAUCGCCGGCGAAGAAGAAGCCACGUGUCCCUCCUGUUCCUUAGUAGUCAAAGUGAUAUACGACAAAGAGGCCUUUGCUUCUAAGCAAAGAGAGUUUGUAAAGGGUGAGCAGGCAGAACUCGUGACGUUAAAGAUUCCUUAGGAAACCUUAGAUCACUUAAGAAAGCUUAAAUCCUCAACAAGAAUAGCAGAGUAUUACUGAGCAGUUGGAGCUUGCUACAUGAUAACUGGCACAAGUCUUACCACUUCCAUUGGAUUAUCUUGAGCUAGAUUUCACACCAACCAUGAAUAUCGAUCUUGAAAAUUUAAUAGACAUGAAAAGGGGGUUUACUGAGUCUAUGCAGAACUCUGUAUAUUUGCAUCCAGAUGAAGAGAAGGAUAUUGAAUGUUGUUCUGAUCGUUAUCAGGAUACAAGCAGAGAAAAAUCAGUGUGCGAGAUCGUUGAUGUCGUCUGAAGUAGAUUACUGGCAGAAUAGCACCAUCAUCAGAGCGUAAGAAGACUGCUUCCAAAGCAAAGAAUGGCAUAAAGGGGAUCAAAAAGGAGGAGAAGGAAGACAAGGAUGAGGAGAACUCAGAGGAAGAAUGAUACAAAGAGGUGGACUAUGGCACCGAUUACCUGAACAAUUACUUCGACAACGACUAGGAUGUCGACGACGAUGACGACAAUCUGGACGACGGGGCUAUUUAUUGAUCGUUGGGUGAUAGCGCGAUGAUAGAUAGAUCUCGAUGGUUCGAGUCACAAUUAGGAUUCGAGUACGAACGUUUACAGAAUUCAAUGCCGUACGAUGUGUAAAGUUUCCUUUUUUUUAUUAUGCAUCAUUUCAUACGCCAUUAUUCAUAAUAACAUUGCCUGGACAUGAAGAUCGAUUGGGGCGCGAGUAUUACACUGGGGAUAAAGAUCGCUUGGUCGCUCGCAUGGCUCAUGGAAUAAAUGCAACCCGAAUGUAAUCCACGCUAGAACUUAUGUGUCUCCUUUCCUAUUCAUGCGUAGCUGAGGACGAAUUCUCUCUUUGGUGACAUUAUGUGUGUAUGCAUGUAUGUAUGUGUGGUACAGUAUAGUAUAAUAUGUAUCUCCAAGUAUUUGGAUAUAUCUGACUGUCCGGACACCCGAAGUCGGUUCUGAAAUUCUGAAAAUUUAAAUUCGCGUUGUUAAAAUCCAAGUUCGUUAAAAUUUUUCGGAUUGGAUUUCAAGCAGAGCUAUUUCCGUGUAAAACUCUAACUGAAACACGCGCUUGAAAAUUCUACAGUCGUAACAAUUUAAUAAAUAUUGAUUGUCAAAUUUUUGAGAGGGAUCUGUCAAUUUAAUCGAUUUCCUUAGAUCAAUAUUAUUGGCUCGAUACUUGAAACCUGCCUCACGGAACUCGGAUUUGAAUUUAGAGUUGGUUGUGAGUUUUUCAGCUGAAUCGCAAUUAAUAUCGCGUAUAUAAUUCCAAUGAAAUACUCAAAUAUCUAGCUCUCAAUUAAGAUCUGAACGGCCUGAGACAAGUUUCAAGUAAUAUUAAUACGAAUCUUCGAUUCGGAUCCGGUUUCAACGCUUCAGCUGUUCGCGUGUAUCUUGGAAAAUCGGAAUUUGAAGCGUGAUGUUUACUUACUAUUCGAAUAAUCGGGUAUUCGGAUAGCGUCAAAUCCGAAAAACAUUGGAGCCUUAAUCUGUAUGUUUGUAUGUAUAUAUAUGUGCUAAUCUAUACUGUGUUCCAAAACGGUUUGGGCACUUUUUCCUCGAUGCAAUUAGGAACGCAGCUAUUGGCUGAGAUGAGAGAACGUGACUUCUUAGAAUGAAUGAAAAACGAGUUCCUCCACUUGAGCCGUCAGCCACGUUCCCAAAGCGCGUUGAAGAGAGAAGUGGCCGAGUAGUUUUGAAAUCUGGUGUACGUGGGGCGAUCUUGAACUUUAAUUAACAGCAAGACUUUUACGCGCUAAUACACAAUGCGUUCGUUUAUUGCAGCCCAUCAUUUCCUCUUCUCGCCCCCUUGCUUCGCUUCGUGGGAACGCGAGGACCGAGAGGGUGUGGGGGAGGGGGCGAAGUUGUCGGUGUGACGUAGCGAUUGUUGCGUCGGUAGUUGCUUUUGUACGGCCGCAAACUCAAACCCGGCAGGCACGCGCGUGAUGGAACGAUUGAAACAAUCCAGGGCUCACAGGAAGCGUCGGCGUGUUCUUUAUUACGAGAGUAUUUCAAUAUUUUUCUCCUAAUAUAUAAUAUAUAUUUAUAUAUAUAUAUAUAUAAUAUAUAUAUAGCCAUAAUAAUCUCUGCAAUUAUUGUAAUAAAUGACCCGCCUCUAUGAUGCGAUCGGAGGGUAUACAAACGCAACGUUUCGGGAUUUGGGAUCAGCGAGGGUGGAAUGGAAGGGAGAGAAGGAGGGUGGAAUCGGUGGGGUGAAGGGACAGGGUGAGAAUCGAGUACGCACAAAAGUAUCGUAGUGUUACGCAAUGCUUUACGCACACCUCUCGUCAGGGGUGUCCCGAUCCUCUUAUCUUAUUUCGUCCUUUCAUCUUCUCUUCGUUCAUACGUCCUUUCUUCGUUUUUUCUUCCCUUACGAGGCUAAUAUAAAUUAACACGGAGUAAGAGGGCUCUCUCUCGAGACAAUCCCUCUUCAGUCGCCGAUCAUUCGUCGUCCUUAAGGCCGGGUUCGCGAUCGGAGGGUGUCUGCGCGGCUGUUUCAGAGGGCUCCGAGUCUUUCGCGAACAAAUCGACAGACAGACGGAGAGAAAAUUGCGUGUGAAAUGUCUUCCUUUGCCUCUUUAUGGUUUAUAUAUUAUAAUAUGUGAAUGUAUGUAUGUAUAUAUGUAUAUAUCUCUAGGCUCGACAUGACGAUCUCGUAAAACGUGUACAAUUUGGAGCGUCACGAUUUGGCAGUAAAUCGAAUAAGCGAUGUUGCAUGAUGCGCUGCGGCCCUUCGUCGUGUUAUCGUGCGGCAGCGGUGGCAGCACACGCGAGAACCUCCUCUUCUCCGACCGCAAUAAGAGCGCUAAUUAUCGUCGUAACGUAAUCGCGAGGGAUAUAUCAGAGACGAGUCUGUCGAUCGCCCACGACGAAUCGUGCGAGAACACACCACGGCGUCACCACGCGGAAACUCCUACGCGCAUUUCACGAUCAUCGAGCGUGUUUCAGCGACAUUUAAUUGGUUCCACCGCGUGGAACAUCUGCGAGAGAGAGAGAGAGAGAGAGGAGGGAGGAAAAGAGAAAGAGAGAGAUUCGUCGUGUCGAGAACACAUGUAACUCGUAACUCCGAAUGUAAAAGUUCUUAUCAGACUCGGUAUUGGAGAUUGAUAAUCACCCAUUGUACAUUAGAAUCCGGCGAAUCGACUGACUCCGUUCCGAUUGAUCAACUUUCAAUUCUCAGUUUCCAACACCGAGUCCGACACGAACUUAACGUGGCUGUGCAUAUGUAGGUCUAAGUCAUUCGCGGCGCUUUCGUUGUAUCGUCGGCGUGACGCUCGUAUAUUGCGUGAAAUAUUUUACAAAGUAUAUGUGUGUGUGUGUGUCUGUAUAUGAGUGUGCAUGGAAAAGAGAUCCUUGUAUUUUGUGUGAAGGAAAGAACCCGCCUGCCUCUUAUCAUCUCUCCUAAGCUCUCUUAUGAACGAUAAAACCGCCAUCGCCUGCACCAUCCUUUGUCGCGCGUAUCGUAAUGAAAAGAUCGCGAAAUUAGCUAACUGAGAGGCUGAUUAAGACGUCCGCUGCUGAGUUACUCGAACUGAAAAUCGAUCACUAUAGUCCGCGCCAUAUCUUUAGUAUUAUAUUGAUGCGAAAGGCUCGUUAUACUUUUCCCUUCGAUUCUCGUAGAAGUUUGACUAUUGAAAUAUAAUAAAUCCUCAUUAAACAUCUGAGAAGAAUACCCAGUCAUUGUCUCGUUCAUAUUUCCAUUCGUAGGAAUUAUUAAUUCUUCGAAAUUGGAUAAUUUUGUUUUCUAUCUUAUUCUUUUUUUUGACAAAUCUUUUGCACCAAUUUAAUAUCUAUACUCAGCAUAGCGCAUAUUCGCACUCGUGUACAUAUAAAGUUUAUUAUUUAAUAGACCAAUUGAGUAUUUUAUCACGUUCGCCACCACGCUUUAUUUGGAGAAUUCUCGCCACAGACCACAUUACAUUCGUUCACGUGUAAUUGUGUAAAACAGACUCGGAGUUUGUUUAUAUGCGGAUGUACAAAGAACGCAUGCGAUUUUGAUGGCAAACGAGAAAAAAGAAUGAUUGUGUCAAUCAGAAAACAGUAAAAUUAAUAAUAAAAUAUGGCAUAGCUUUUAUUUCUGGCUUCAGUAAUUUUUACGUAUGUUGACCUAUGCGACAUCAUCAGUCAAUAGCAAUGCGAUUCGCUGCCUGAAAAAAUGUAUUCUUGAGGCAACGAAUCAGUAGGUUAGCGCAUCUAAGAAUUCCUAAAAAUACCUGCGAAACGUCCGAAUCAGACAAAGAAGAAUCUACGCGGCUCAAACCUAGAAACCAAAUCUAAUCCCAGCGAGAAAUGACUCGUCGAUCGACGAGUCAUUUCUCGCUGAGAUAUUCAUGGACACCGCGAAGGCCUCAAAUAUCAACUAAGAAUUCAUUCUUGAAGACAGAAAGGAAAGCUACGCCAUAUUUGACUAUUUUUCUGGUCGACACAACUGUUCUUUUUUUCCGCAUAUUAAGUAAAGCUGCAAGUUUCUAGUAAAGGUAAACUUAAGACGAGAGAGAUCGAUGCGUGAUACAUGUGCGACGCUGGUGGCGAACGUGUUAACAACGUUACACCGUGUCUAUCGAUCUGUCGUUCAAUCGAUCGGAUAUCUGUAUGUCACGUGUCGCUGGUAUUACGAAUCCUCUCGUCGCACACAAUGCGUUUCUAACGGAGUAGAAUCAGUUGAUGAGAUCUGUCAAUGUGGAUUUGAAUAUGCCCUUCUUUCUUCUCCUUGCUUCUCGUCGUCUUACGUUUGCUUCUUCUCGCUUUACUUCAGUGAAGCUUGCUUGCUUGUCGUUGUCUAUGAUCCUUCGCCUCUUCACUCUUUUUGUUUUUGUCCUCCAGCGCUUCUUCUUACCUUCUCUGAGCUCGUUAGCUUCAUGCUUCCGCGACGCUGUCAAUUAAUCGUCAUUCAGCCCGCUCGGACUCACGCUCCGAAUUGUCCAGCGUGAUGCAAAUUUGCGCAAUAAGCGGCGGGGUCUCAUCGUGGCUCUGUACCAUUGUCUCUAACGACAUCUCCGUCGUCUAUUUACGACUGACCAAUUAUUACAAUGGUUCCUCCCCGCAAUAUCGACGUGCGCAAUGACUUAAUUGUUUAUUAAAUAAUUGCGCAGGGCGAAGAAUCAUUCGACGACGAUCCGGCAACUCGUAAACGUCUCGAGUACCUCGCAAAUUAAUUCUUUGUAACUCGUUAGAUUUUUCUACGGGGCGCUUCACCAAAUUCGACAAUUUCUUCGCGUCAGACACGACUGAUGCGUGUGGAGUUUGCUAACUUCGCGUGACGCAUUAGUUUGGAUUCUUUUCUCAAGACGGCAGAAACGACUUGCUCGUUUCCUGCGUGAACGGGUCGAAUACAGCGCGAUGUGACGUUUCGGUAAAAUCACUGAACAAGUCGGCUUCUAAGUUCGCACGGGCAGUGUGAAAGCUUGCGAGGUGCUUCUUCGACGUUUCCCUAAGCGGCCGUAAAAAGCCGCUAUAUAUAUACAUCUCCCAAUAGUGGCGUUGCUCACACCGAACCGCUCGUCGUAUCUUUAUUGUCCGAGCGAAAGGAAAGAGGAAAUCUGUGAUCUGUGAAGACUACGUUUGUCGCAACGAUAUAUUAACCCAGAUAACCAAACCUGCACGAGCAGAUUUUGCGCAGUCUGUUAGCAGUGUCUCGUGAUAGAAAUCUAUAUUAUUUGUAUCAUAUAUUAUUAUAUAUUCGUCAUGUCGCUUUGUUCAAACUUACGGAGAGAAUGUUAGUUUCUUCCUUUUUUUCGUAUAAAUUCUCUUCAGUUUUAACUGGGUAUUUCUACUUGCGCAUUCCACCGAAGUGCGUAUUCAUCCUCAAUUUCGAGAUGAUUAUAAAUAAAAUGAGCACGAGCGAAAUUACAUGUACCUUCGCAUGACGUGUACAUGAAAAUACUGUAGUAAUAGUAGUAAAUAGAAGAACGAGUAGAUCUAGUGCAAAUUGUGUAGAUCAUUUGAUCUAUCAUAAUAUCUCGCUGUUUUUAACUAAAGUUAUAAUCAUAGCCCCAGUCUCCGACAAGUCCCGAAGUGGAAACAGACCUUUGCUGUAAUAAUAGCAAAGUUUUUCACAGCACAUUUUAGAAGGUACAAUAAGUCACUGCAGAAUGUCGAUCCAUCUCUCGGUUCUCGAAGUUCUACAGCAAGUUUCACUGCAAAAUUCUCUCCUACAGAUCUAUAGAUCUCCAUAAAUUAACAUGAUUUUCUAAUUGAAUCCUAUUUACAGACGCCGCGACUAAUUGUCUCCAAUUUCUAUUAGAGCCAUCGACUCGGCAAUGUGGUCUAUUUUACAAAAGCGUGCUGUCAUUGCAACGAUUACUUCAUCGUUGAGACAAACAUCGUAGUACAUCACAAUCCAGUAAGCAAUCUGUGCGCAGACUGACGUCAGAUUGUUGACAGAUUCAAGCAAAAUCUGUCGACAGAUCCAUAGACAUCUGUGUUACAAUCUGCUGUUAAAUUGUGCUGACAAAGUCUGCUGACAGGCUCUGAUGGCAGAAUGCGCGCAGAUCCUGUUGUUGUUGGAGUCUGUCAACAAACUCUGCAACGAGCAAUUUAUCUCCAAUCUGCUGUCAGAGUCUGAUAAACAGAUACUGUAUGCAAUCUAUGUCACGAAAAAGAAAUAAUAUAAAUAAAGAUGUAUAUAAUUUAAUAAUA